AUGGAUUGUAAAUAUAACCUCGAAAAUCUCAAGGAGUCUGGCUGUGAAAGAAUUGGUAAUAAUGUUGAUAUAUCAAUUCCUGAAGUCUCCGAUGCAGAGUAUUAUAAUGUUGAUGACAUCGCAGAUAUUGAUGAACUUUUAUUCACAAAACAGGUUGCGAAGCAAAUCAUGUUGUACGAAAAGACAGUGGAACUGAUUGGUAUUAUUGGCCAGACGGAGAUAAGAUCCAACGUUAUGAAAUUCACAUUACAAAACAAAACUGAUGAUGUGAUUCAAGUUUUAGUCUCGAGUCCAGAGAUAAUAAAAAAGAUAAAAUCUAUGAUCAUGCCUGGAAAAAUUUUGCUUAUUGAUGGAGCAUUCGCCAAACACAGAAGUGAAUCUUUAAGUGCUGGCAACUGUUCGCGUAUUAUACGUCUCCGCAUAAAAUAUGUAUCACCUAGCACGGUUUGAUUCUUGCGCCUCUUGAUGACGAGUUAAUUAUGGCGCGCCAAGAAAAGAAAGAGCGCAUGCGUAAGCCCUUCUGCGGUCUGAGAUCGAUUAGUGCGGGCGAGAGCGUCAGAUUCGUUUCGGCAUCGAUCGAGUGCAGUGUGAUCCGAAGCCUACGUCUAUUCUCGUGUAGCUUUUGUAUUGUGCCUGUAGUAAUCGCUUUAAUUUGAAUUAUAUUUGCUAGUGAAUCACUCGCGUGUGAUUCCUCCCUUAUUACUAUAAUUCGUGUAAAUAAAGUGCCUGUAAUUCCGUGUGGGCGAGACACAAGCGUGCUGUCAUCGCAUAGCGAAUCUUCGCUAUAGGUCCCGGUCGCGACGACUCGACGAGUCGUCUCAAGUCGUUCACGGAGCGAGGGCUGGACCCGUUCCCGAGACGUCGGGGCCCUGUGACGUGCUGGGCGUUGCCACCCCGGGAUAUCUCCAUCUUCUCGAUCGACAAUCUACCCAGAAGAGAGGGUGGUCCGUCACGUACAGCGCACCGAUAUUUGCGAUUUGCGGCGUUAUUGUAGGGGCUGAUCCCCGAAAUAUUAGGUAAGCGAGCGCUCUGUAAAUAUAAGGAUCGAUUAUCCACUGCGUAAUUAAAUUAGAUAAUAAGUUUUGACUUUUGUAUUUAUGCUUACAUAAAUUCAUUAAUUUACUUGAUUAAUAAAUAAUUUCUAUUUCACUAGCUUGCUCAGGCUUUUCCCUCUGUUCCGUGAGGGUUUUUAUGCCUAAGCAAGUUACUGUUUAUAUUUAGUUUAACCGCGAAA